AUGCAGAGAUAUGAAGGUUAUAAUGCGUAUCUAAGAUACAAGCUCCGCAUUUGUCAUCAGCCUGCUCCAACAACUAUUGAUUCUUUCACCAGAUCAACAACCGAUCCAAAGUAUAUCGAGCAAGUCAAACUGGCAAUUCAAAAGAUUUUGCCUUCUAAUCACGAUGACGGCUCUUUGGCACCGGUGAUCUUGAGAUUGGCAUGGCAUGCUUGUGCAACCUAUGAUAGCCAAACUAAAAUCGGCGGAUCGAACGGCGCUACCAUGAGGUUUAUUCCCGAGAUCAAUGAUGAAGGUAAUAUGGGGCUCGAAAUUGCACGGGCAGCUUUAGAACCGAUUAAACAAAAGUUUUCCAAGAUUACUUAUUCGGACUUAUGGACCUUGGCAGGGAAAGUUGCAAUUGAAUCCCUAGGUGGCCCGUAUAUCCCUUGGUUUCCUGGAAGGUAUGACUGUCUUGAUACCAAAUAUGUACCACCUGCAGGAUUAUUACCGUUUGGGGACAAAGCAGCUAACCAUAUUAGAACAACAUUUACUAGAUUAGGGUUCAGUGAUCAAGAAACAGUUGCUUUAAUAGGAGCUCACAAUCUUGGUCGAUGUCACAAACACAUUAGUGGCUGGGAAGGAAAGUGGACUAGAGAACCCCUCCAAUUUUCAUCAGAAUUUUUUAAAGCUCUUGUCCAUGAAUCUUGGCACCAGGGUGAAGUACCGGAAACAGGGAAAACUCAAUAUUACAACGAAGAUGGCACUUUGAUGAUGCUAAAUACAGAUAUGGAGUUAAUUAGAGACCCUUCGUAUCGAACAUGGGUCAUGGAAUACGCUAAAGAUGAAGAAAAAUUCUUUGUUGAUUUCUCCAAAGCAUUUGCUAAACUAUUAGAAUUGGGCAUUGAACGAGAUGAAUAUGGAAAUGUAAUUUUUAAAAAAAAUUUAUAA